UCCAGCCAAUGCGGGACAGAAAGGAGUGGCAGCGCUCCAAGCAGAGCGCAGAGGAGCUGUUCUGUGUCUUUAAGUUGCUGCUGGAUUUUCUUCACGCGGCGAGUCGCAGCCUGCGGGAUCAUUUUUGUUUGUGCGCUCAUCGGAGAAACCUGUUCGCUGGAAGGAGCUGGAGCUGUUAUUUUUGUGUGUGUGUGUGUGUGUGCGCGCGUUUUCGCGCAAAAUGCUUGUAAAGACGCACGGCGUGGCGUUUAGGGCGUGAAAACCGUCAAAACUAUGAGGUGCCACUGGAUUGUUUUUGCCUCGCAUUUUAUUUUUCAACUAACAGUGUGGGGUGAGCCGAUCAUCUCCCCCAGUGGGCCCCACGUAGUAGUUCCCAAGAGAGGGAAGCUGGAACUGCGUUGCCAUGACAAUGCCACGACGUCUGGCGCCCCAUCCAGGGUGAGGUGGCAGAGGGAAAGGGCUCGCAGGAUGGAGGGAGAGGUGGAGGAAGGCGGAGCGGUUUAUGUUAAGGUGGCGGCAGUGCAGGCCUACCACAUGGGUCGCUAUGUGUGCAUCAACAACAGCACACUGGAGCACAGCUCCAUCUAUGUGUAUGUGAAAGACUCCCAGAAUGCCUUCCAGCGCACCAUGGUGAACGGCAUCCUGGUGCGAGAAGGUGAAAACUGCACCAUCCCCUGUCUUGUGACAGACCCUGAGGUCACCCUCCUGGCCUUGGAAACCUGUGAAGGAAAACCUUUACCCCCCGGUAUGAGUUACAGCAGCAGCCUGCAGCGUGGCAUCAUCAUCAGCAAUGCAAGAAAGGAGUACGACGGCUGUUAUGUGUGCGUGGGGCAGCUUGGAGGAGUCAAAGUGAGGUCUAGCCAGUACACAGUGGACGUACGGUUAGUCCCGGAGAUGUCUCCAUUGAUCGCGUUGUCCCAGAGAGACACUGUCAUCUUGAGGAAAGGGGAAAAGUUCGAGCUUACCUGCAGCUCCUCCAACGUCAACCCUGACUUCAGUCUGAAGUGGACCUUCCCUCCAACAGCACGUGCAAUUGAAUCUCAUACCUCUCACAUCCUGUCUGGUUCCCGUGGUUACAAACGUGCCACCUCUCUCGAGAUCACCGCAGUCAAUCAAUCGGACUCAGGUACAUACCACUGCUAUGCCCACAACGAGAGAGGCACCAGCAUGGCAGCGCUGCAGCUGGAUGUCUACGAUCAAGGCUUCAUCAACAUGUUAGGAAGUCUGGGUCCGGUUCAGGCUGACGUUAAGGAAGGAGAGAGUUUGACACUCAGAGUAGAAUUUGUCGCCUACCCUGCCCCCAGCACCCUGGUCUGGAUUUAUAACGGCAGGCGGCUCCUCAACACCACUGAGCACGUUAUCACCCUCCACCGUCGCAGAUACAGAUACAUCAGUGAGCUGAGACUUGUAAGGGUUCUAGGCUCAGAGGGUGGGAUCUAUAAAUUCUCAGCCAGUCAUGAAGAUGCAUCUGUCAAUCGUUCAUUCCAUGUCUAUGUCAGCAGUAAGCCAGUUAUCGUUGCCCACGAAGGGCCGGUGGACGGACAGGUGCGGUGUGUUGCCACCGGUUACCCAGUGCCAAAAAUCAACUGGUAUUUCUGCCACCUGCCUCGUACACGGUGUUCACACCUGCCCAAUGCCACCCACUGGGAGACUGCAGAGGUUUCCAUGGUGACAGAGUCCGCCUUUGGAAGGAGUGAGGUGGAGAGCCGACUGAACAUCAGCAAGGAGCACACACAGUACCACACCCUGGAGUGUGUGGCCAGUACGGACAGAGACGAGGCAUACACACUGUUCUCCAUCAGCGAGCGCACGGUUCCCCAUAAACUCUUCACUCCGCUUCUAACUGGCAUGGUGGCCACUGGCGUCUUCCUCAGUCUGAUUCUUGUGGUGCUGCUCUGUAAGUACAUGCAGAAACCAAAGUUCCAAAUCCAGUGGAAGGUCAUAGAGAGUAUCCAUGGCAACAACUACAUAUAUAUUGACCCAACCCAGCUCCCGUAUGACUCCAAAUGGGAGUUUCCACGUCAGAAACUGCGCUUUGGUAAAACCCUUGGCUCCGGUGCAUUUGGGAAGGUGGUGAGAGCUACAGCCUAUGGACUCUGCUCUGCAGAUACUGUCACCACUGUCGCUGUUAAGAUGCUGAAACCUAAUGCACAUGCUACGGAGAAGGAGGCACUGAUGUCAGAGCUGAAGGUUCUCAGUUACAUUGGAAACCAUGUGAACAUCGUUAACCUGCUAGGAGCCUGCACCAUCGGAGGCCCAAUAUUGGUGAUCACAGAAUACUGUUGCUAUGGUGAUCUUCUCAAUUUCCUGCGGCGGAAAAGAGACUCCUUUCUCAAGUCUCAAGUUGGUGAAGGCUACUACCGCAACAUCUGCAACCAAGCAGAGCCUCCGAGCAGGAACGCCGCUGGUCCAGGAUACAUGCCCAUGCGUCCAUCUGAGAAGGAAAAGUCCUCUCAGUCAGAUGACAUAGAAGAGCUGUCUCUGGAUGCUGAAGAUCUCCUCAGCUUUUCCUACCAAGUGGCCAAGGGCAUGGAGUACAUUACGUCCAAGAAUUGUAUUCACCGGGAUCUUGCAGCCAGAAAUAUUCUGCUGACUCACGGCAGGGUGGCAAAGAUCUGCGACUUCGGUUUGGCACGAGACAUCACCACUGAUGCCAGCUAUGUUCUGCGAGGCAAUGCACGUCUGCCAGUCAAGUGGAUGUCUCCGGAGAGUAUUUUUGACUGUGUCUACACUUUUGAAAGUGAUGUAUGGUCCUACGGCAUCUUACUCUGGGAACUCUUCUCUCUGGGGAAUAGUCCAUACCCUGGGAUACAGGUGGGUUCAGCAUUCUAUAGGAUGAUCCAAGAAGGCCACAGGAUGAGCAGACCAGAGUUUGCACCCACAGAGAUGUACGAUAUGAUGCUGUCAUGUUGGAAUCAGGAUCCUUUGAAAAGGCCCUCAUUUAGAAAACUGGUGGAAAGGACUGAACUGUUGCUUUCAGAAAAUACCAAAAAUGUGUAUCUGACGUUGAGCAACGCUCCACUUCCUCCGGGGCAGCAGAGGACGCCAUCACAGAGGCUGAGCUCCGUAUGCAGCACUACAGCACCCACCCAGCCUUUACUGCUCAACACAACCGACGUCUUUAUGGACUAUGACUCUGUCUAACAUACGGCUACGAAACACGCAACCUGAACUCCCCAAUUAUCCCCCGUCUUUACUGCACAAACCAGAGCCAAACACUGUAAACCACUAACAACACAUUCACUCAUUCCUAAUCGCUCGUCUUUCUGUCUCAUGUAUUCAACCUUGCCCUGACCUCUAUCUAAUCUCCCCAUGCGGUCUGCGGUAUUUCAGGUGCACGUCUAUAUAAAGCCAAAUCCAUUAGAUAGGAUGUUACCCGUCCACGCAGCAGGAGUGAGUUUUGGCAAGCGAGCAUAGAUUCCAUCUCAAUACACUUUGGGGAAACAGAAACUACAGAGAUGAGCACUGACGAGAGUAAAAGCCUGACCUUGGGAGACAGAACCAGACUGAGGAACAGGUAAACACAAAGCAGUGACGAGUGACUGAGACAGUUCUUCAGAGUCUUCAUUUACUGUAACCUCCAAUAGAUUUAUACUGAGAUUAACAAGAUGCCUCUAUCUCACUUUAAUGGGCCUUGAAACAUGUACAGUACUGUGUAAAAAUCUAAGGGAUGGGCACCCGCCAUAGCGUUAGAUAUAGCGAAGCGACUCUAUGGCAACCGCCCAAUCAAGAUCCUGCAAAAUUGUAAAAAGCUUCUACUGUACAUAUCAAAUUAUCCAACCAACGAUAAAUAUACUCCUACUGUGACAGCCCUUAACAAGUGAAAUCUCUUGCGAACAUCAUGCUGAUCAAUUCUUUGACAAACCCGUUUGUUGUCUUCGUGGAUUCAUUCAAAAUCUACAUGUAACUCUUUUAAUCCAAAAAAGGAAAGCCAAGACAUUUUAAAUUUCAGUCAUAUGUUGCCCAUGCCUAUCUAUGGCUCAACAUUGUCAGCAGCUGUAGGCUAGUGUGGACCAAAAACUUCAUAUUAUAAUUGCUCAAUAGGCCAGCAUUAGACCUGUUCAAAAUGUCAAAUGUUACAAAAUGUUUUGGGCCACAUGUUGUUCUUGUUCCACUAAUAAAAUAAAAGAUCUGUGCCAAAUGUUAUUGUAAUCAGACAUUGUUUAGGGGUCCCCCACAAAGCAACAAUUUUCUCCAAACAAGCAAAAAGGGGAGACGACUUCCAGUAAUCUUCUCCUCUGGGUGUCCAAUUAACCACCACUUUUUUGCGAUUAGAAGCCAUCACAUGUACCUGUAAAAGAAAAUAAUGGCAUCAGAGUCUUGACGUUGGCUUGCCAGCAAAGGGAGAGGAAAAUGUGUCACUCUGAGGGACCUCUAAAUCUUAUCUGAUUGAGUUCAAAUUUGGUCUGCACCUAUAAAAUCCCAAGUGGAACAAAAACAUGUGGCCCGAAGUCUCUCACAACUUAAAUUUUUUCACUAUAUAAUAACAGCCCUAGCCAGCAUAGAAAUGUUAUGAUGCACUCACAGGUUGCACUGUUAAAAAAAAAAAAAAAAUCUUCAUUCUCAUGACUCAACAUUGUCACUGGCUCUAUGCAACUGGAAUCCACCAACUUCAUAUUGUAAUCGUCCAAUAGGCCAGCAAAGACAUUUUAUGAUUGAUUACAUCCCUUAGAGAAAAUUAUUUUGUUAUGCCAUGGUCCAGAAUCAGCACUCAACACUGUCACUGGCCCUUGGGUCAGUAGGGGCCACCAAACGUCAUACUGUAAUCACCUGAUACGGAGUCCAAAGUUCCACGUCUUCGUGUUCCAGGCUCAGUGUUGCCCAAGCCAGUGGUUCCCUUUGCCAUUGAGCAUAAACCUUUAUUGUCUACUCCUGUUUACCGAUGGAAAACAAAACACAUUUACACACCAACACUAGGCUGCCUCACUUUUUCACAAUACUGUAUACUGAAACAAUAUUACAAAUGAGCCAUAGUACAGUGACAUGUUACGACUGAAACACUGAGUCCACUUGUGCUUUGUAGCUUGUGACUUAACACUCGCUGUAUGUAAUUCUGUCAUAGUUGUCUGUUUAACAACGAAAUGUGGCUUGUCUUACAUAUGUCAAAUCUGUGUUCAAUGUAAAUACACUAGAGAUGUGCCUUUAGAGUUUUGUUUUUUUUUCUUUUUUAAUACUGAAUGCAUGUGGUUUGGGUUGUCGCACAGUUCUAUGAUUGGAGAGAACGUCUGUCCACUUUUGAUACAGUUGGUUGACUUGUAAUAGUAAAGAACAUACCUGCAAAACGGUAGACGUGAACA